AUGUCCGCCAUCCCGGCGUGCUGCGCGCCCGGGCAGCAGCCGGAGCAGCCGCGGCGGCCGCGUCCCCUCCCUGCGCUGUGAGACAGCAGCACCGCCUGCGGAGCGCGAGUGAGGAGCCGCCGCCCGCGCCUCUCCCCCCGCGUCCUCCUGCUCCUGCUGCUCCUCCGCCCUGUCCCGCGCCGCUGCCCGGCCGGCCAUGCCGUCUCGGGCAAGGUAAUGAGCCGCAGAGCCCCGGGGUCUCGGCUGAGCGGCACCGGCAGCAGGCAGCACUACCACCCGCGGGGCUGGAAUGACUGGCAACCCAGAACUGACAGUGCAUCAGCUGACCAGGACAAUUUAAAAUAUUCUUCAUCCAGAGAUCGGGGCAGUUCUGCCUCCUAUGGAUUACAACCCUCAAAUUCAGCUGUGGUGUCUCGGCAAAGACACGAUGAUAUCAGAGUCCACACUGACAUACAGAAUGAAGAAAAAGGUGGCUACAGUGUCAAUGGAGGAUCUGGGGAAAAUACUUAUGGUCGGAAGUCGUUGGGGCAAGAGCUGAGAGUUAACAAUGUGACCAAUCCUGAUUUUACCAGUGUUCCGCAUGGGAAUCGUGCUUUAGCCACAAAAGACAUGAGGAAAUCACAGGAGCGACCGUUGUCUUAUUCUGACGAGUCUCGACUGUCAAAUCUUCUUCGGAGGAUUACUCGGGAAGACGACAGAGACCGAAGACUGGCUACUGUAAAGCAACUGAAAGAAUUCAUUCAGCAACCAGAAAACAAACUGGUACUUGUUAAACAACUGGAUAAUAUCCUGACUGCCAUUCAUGAUGUGCUCAAUGAAAGUAGCAAAUUGCUUCAGGAAUUGAGACAGGAAGGAGCUUGCUGUCUUGGCCUUCUUUGUGCUUCUCUGAGCUACGAGGCUGAGAAGAUCUUUAAAUGGAUUUUUAGCAAAUUCAGUUCAUCCACAAAAGAUGAAGUUAAACUUCUUUAUUUGUGUGCAACCUACAAAGCAUUAGAGACUGUAGGAGAAAAGAAAGCAUUUUCAUCUUUAAUGCAGCUUGUAAUGACCAGCCUGCAGUCCAUCCUAGAAAAUGUUGAUACACCAGAGUUACUGUGCAAGUGUGUCAAGUGCAUCCUUUUGGUGUCUCGAUGCUACCCACACAUUUUCAGCACCAAUUUUAGGGACACAGUGGACAUACUGGUUGGAUGGCACAUAGAUCAUACUCAGAAACCUUCUUUGACACAACAGGUCUCUGGAUGGCUGCAGAGCUUGGAGCCCUUUUGGGUGGCUGAUCUAACUUUUUCUACCACACUCUUGGGUCAGUUUUUGGAAGAUAUGGAAGCUUAUGCUGAGGACCUCAGCCACGUGGCUUCUGGGGAGUCAGUAGAUGAGGACAUUCCUCCUCCCUCGGUGUCGCUGCCCAAACUGGCUGCGCUUCUGCGGGUGUUCAGCACCGUGGUGAGGAGCAUUGGGGAGCGCUUCAGCCCCAUCAGAGGACCACCAAUUACAGAAGCUUAUGUAACUGAUGUUCUGUACAGAGUAAUGAGAUGUGUGACUGCAGCAAACCAAGUGUUCUUUUCUGAAGCUGUGCUCACAGCUGCCAAUGAGUGUGUUGGGGUUUUACUUGGCAGCCUGGAUCCCAGUAUGACCAUACACUGUGACAUGGUCAUCACCUAUGGAUUAGAUCAAAUGGAAAAUUGUCAGACUUGUGGCACUGACUACGUCAUUUCGGUCCUGAAUCUGUUGACACUGAUUGUUGAACAAAUAAAUACAAAACUACCAUCAUCAUUUGUAGAGAAAUUAUUUAUACCAGAGUCUAAACUACUUGUUCUUCGUUAUCAUAAGGAGAAAGAGGUCGUUGCAGCAGCCCUUGCUGUAUACCAAGCUGUAUUGAGCCUGAAGAACAUUCCUGUUCUGGAGACUGCUUACAGGUUGAUUCUAGGAGAAAUGACCUGUGCUUUAAAUAGUCUGCUCCAUAGUUUACAUCUUCCUGAGGCCUGUUCCGAAAUCCAGCAUGACUCUUUCAAGAAGCUUAUAUCCAAUGUGGAUAAUGCCAAGUUUGUUGUUAUAUUCGACCUCAGUGCUCUAAGUACUAUUGGAAAUGCUAAAAACUCAUUAAUUGGGAUGUGGGCCCUUUCUCCGACUGUGUUUGCACUGCUGAGUAAAAACCUGAUGAUUGUUCAUGGUGACAUAGCAGUUCACUUCCCUGCUGUGCAGUAUGCAGUGCUCUACACACUGUACUCACACUGCUCCAGGCACGAUCAUUUCAUAUCCAGUAGCCUCAGUUCUUCCUCUCCCUCUCUGUUUGAUGGAGCAGUUAUAAGUACUGUAACUACAGCAACAAAAAAACAUUUCUCAAUCAUACUGAACCUUUUGGGGCUACUGCUUAAGAAGGAUAACCUUACUCAAGAUACCAGGAAACUACUCACAACAUGGGCUUUGGAAGUGGCUCUUCUGAUGAAGAAAUCAGAAACAUAUACACCGUUAUUUUCUCUCCCAUCUUUUCAUAAGUUUUGCAAAGGACUUUUAGCAAACACACUUCUGGAAGAUGUGAACAUUUGUCUUCAAGCAUGUAGUAGCCUUCAUGCCCUGUCUUCCUCCCUUCCAGAUGACCUUUUACAGAGGUGUGUUGAUGUGUGUCGUGUUCAGCUUGUCCAUAGUGGUGCUCGUGUGAGACAAGCUUUUGGAAAACUUCUGAAGUCAAUUCGUUUAGAUGUUGUGUUGAGUAACCGUACCCACACUGAAAUACAAGAAAUUUCUUUGGCUAUAAGAAGUCACAUGAGCAAAGCUCCAAGUAACACAUUCCACCCACAGGAUUUCUCUGAUGUCAUUAGUUUUAUUUUGUAUGGAAACCUGCACCGAACUGGGAAGGAUAAUUGGUUAGAAAGGUUAUUCUAUAGCUGUCAAAGGCUAGAUAAGAGAGAUCAGCCAACCAUCCCCCGGAACCUGUUGAAGACUGAUGCUGUGCUGUGGCAAUGGGCUGUCUGGGAAGCAGCUCAGUUCACUGUUCUCUCAAAGCUACGAACUCCUCUGGGGAGAGCCCAAGAUACAUUUCAAACAAUUGAAGGUAUUAUUAGGAGCCUUGCAGCCCACACAUUAAACCCUGAUCAAGAUGUCAGCCAGUGGACUACUGCAGACAAUGAUGAAGGACACAGCAGCAACCAACUCAGGCUUGUUCUCCUUCUGCAGUAUUUGGAGAACUUGGAAAAAUUGAUGUACAAUGCAUAUGAAGGAUGUGCCAAUGCCCUUACCUCUCCACCCAAGGUUAUCAGGACGUUCUUUUAUACCAAUCGCCAGACGUGCCAGGAUUGGCUGACACGGAUUAGACUUUCCAUCAUGAGAGUUGGAUUGCUGGCUGGCCAGCCUGCUGUGACAGUCAGGCAUGGAUUUGAUUUACUCACAGAAAUGAAAACUAAUAAUAGUAUCUCUCAGGGAAAUGAGUUGGAAGUGACAAUUAUGAUGCUGGUAGAAGCAUUAUGUGAGCUUCACUGUCCUGAAGCUAUUCAGGGUAUUGCUGUCUGGUCUUCUGCUGUAGUUGGGAAGAGCCUCUCCUGGAUCAAUUCUGUAGCUCAGCAAGCAGAAGGGCGGUUUGAAAAAGCGUCUGCAGAAUACCAGGAGCACCUCUGCUCCAUGACUGGAGUGGAUUGCUGUAUAACAGGCUUUGACAAGACUGUUCUGAAGUUGGCCAAUUCAAACAGUGUGAACAAUGCCAGCCCAAAGCAUUCCUUGAAUGGAGAAACUAGAAAAACUGUUCUGACUAAGCCAAGUGACUCUUCACCAGAAGUGAUAAACUACCUGGGUAACAAGGCAUGCGAAUGUUACAUUUCCAUUGCUGACUGGGCUGCUGUUCAGGAGUGGCAAAACAUGGUCCAUGAACUGAAGAAAAGCAAUAGUAAUACCUCAAUCAAUCUGAAAGCAGAUUUUAACUACAUAAAAUCUUUGAGCAGCUUUGAGUCUGGACAACUUACUGAAUGCACUGAACAACUAGAAUUACUACCAGGAGAAAAUAUCAACUUACUUGCAGGGGGAUCCAAAGAAAAAAUAGACAUGAAGAAGCUCCUUCCUAAUAUGCUAAGUCCUGAUCCAAGAGAACUUCAAAAAGCAGUUGAAGUACAGCUUUUGAGAAGUUCAGUAUGUCUGGCAACAGCUGUAAACCACAUAGAACAGGAGCAAAAGUGGCAGUCAAUAUCUGAAAAUCUUAUAAAGUACUUAAAGCAAACAUCCCGCAUUGCUAUUGGGCCGUUGAGACUUUCCACGCUCACCGUGUCUCAGUCUUUACCAGUGUUGAGCACUCUUCAGUUGUACUGUUCUUCUGCUUUGGAAAACACUGUAUGCAACAGGCUGACAUCAGAGGACUGUCUUAUACCUCUCUUCAAUGAAGCCUUGAGGUCAUGUAAGCAGCACGAUGUAAGGCCAUGGAUGCAUGCCCUGAGGUACACGGUGUACCAGAAUCAACUGAUGGAAAAGCUUAAAGAACCAACAGUCCCAAUUAAAAGCCAUCUAAUGGAACUGGGCUUAACAGCAGCGAAAUUUGCACGGAAGCGAGGAAACAUCGCCCUGGCGACGCGACUGCUCGCCCAGUGCAGCGAGGUUCAGCUGGGGAAAACCACCACUGCACAGGACUUAGUCCAGCACUUUAAAAAACUGUCUGCACCAGGUCAGAUUGAUGAAAAAUGGGGUCCUGAACUUGAGAUUGAGAAAACAAAGUUGUUAUACACAGCAGGUCAGUCAACACAUGCCAUGGAAAUGCUGAGUUCUUGUGCCAUAUCUUUCUGCAAAUCUGCCAAAGCUGAAUAUGCAGUUGCUAAAUCUAUUCUCACACUGGCUAAAUGGAUUCAAGCAGAAUGGAAAGAGAUCUCAGGACAGUUGAAACAAGUGUAUAGAGCUCAACAGCAGCAGAAUCACACUGGCCUGUCUACCUUGUCUAAAAACAUAUAUAAUUUGAUUGAGCUGCCAGCUGUUAAUACUCUGGAAGAUGAAUAUCCUAGGAUUGAAAGUGAAUCUACAGUAAACAUUGGAGUUGGAGAACCAGACUUCAUCUUGGGCCAGCUGUAUCACUUGUCUUCAGUACAGGCACCUGAAGUAGCCAAGUCUUGGGCAGCCCUGGCUAGCUGGGCUUAUAGAUGGGGCCGCAAAGUAGUUGAUAAUGCCAGUCAGGGAGAAGGUGUUCGGCUGCUGCCCCGGGAGAAAUCUGAGGUUCAGAACUUGCUUCCAGACAACAUUGCAGAGGAGGAUAAAGAGAAGAUCUAUGGCAUUCUUGGGCAGGCAGUGUGCCGGCCAGCUGGGAUUCAAGAUGAAGACAUGACUCUACAAAUCACUGAAAAUGAGGACAAUGAAGAAGAUGAUAUGGUGGAUGUGAUAUGGCGUCAGUUAUUAACAAGUUGUCCCUGGCUUUCAGAUCUUGAUGAAAAUGCAACAGAAGGAUUAAUUAAAGUCUGGAGGAAAGUUGUAGACAGAAUCUUCAGUCUCUAUAAACUGUCCUGCAGUGCAUACUUUACUUUCCUCAAACUCAAUGCUGGUCAGGUUCCACUUGAUGAAGAAGAUCCCAGACUGCACUUAAGAAACACUUCUGAGCAAAGCACUGAUGAUGUAAUUGUGAUGGCAACCCUGAGACUGUUACGAUUGCUUGUGAAACAUGCUGGAGAACUUCGACAGUAUCUGGAGCAUGGGCUAGAAACUACACCUACUGCUCCUUGGAGAGUUCUUUUAAAUAGUGAAUCUUGCUUUAUCCAGGUUCAGAUGCUUGUGGCUGAGCUGCGCAGAGUCACAGUUCUCUGGGAUGAGCUUUGGUUGGGAGUUCUCCUGCAGCAGCACAUGUAUGUCCUCAGACGGAUUCAACAGCUGGAAGAUGAAGUCAAGAGGGUCCAAAACAACAACACUCUACGGAAAGAGGAGAAAAUAGCCAUCAUGCGUGAAAAGCACACAGCUCUGAUGAAGCCCAUUGUGUUUGCUCUGGAACACGUGAGGAGCAUCACUGCAGCUCCUGCAGAAACUCCUCAUGAGAAGUGGUUUCAGGAUAACUAUGGAGAUGCAAUUGAAAAUGCACUAGAGAAACUUAAGAAUCCUUUGAAUCCUGCUAAACCUGGAAGCAGCUGGCUCCCAUUUAAAGAGGUAAUGCUGAGCUUGCAGCAGAGAGCACAGAAACGGGCCAGUUACCUCUUACGACUUGAAGAAAUCAGUCCUUGGCUGGCUGCCAUGAUGAACACUGAAAUAGCACUGCCUGGAGAGGUGUCCACCAGGGACACAGUCACCAUCCACAGUGUGGGCAGCACCAUCACCAUCCUGCCAACCAAAACCAAACCUAAAAAGCUGCUUUUCCUGGGUUCAGAUGGGAAAAACUAUCCCUACCUGUUCAAAGGUUUGGAAGACUUGCACCUAGAUGAGAGAAUCAUGCAGUUCUUAUCCAUUGUGAACACCAUGUUUGCCACGAUCAACCGGCAAGAGACGCCGCGGUUCCACGCGAGGCACUACUCGGUGACACCCCUGGGGACAAGGUCAGGCCUCAUCCAGUGGGUGGAUGGAGCCACACCUCUGUUUGGGCUCUACAAGCGCUGGCAGCAGCGGGAAGCUGCUCUGCAGGCACAAAAGGCUCAGGACUCUUACCAGACUCCUCAGAACCCUGGAAUAGUUCCUAGACCCAGUGAACUUUACUACAGUAAAAUUGGACCUGCUUUAAAGGCAGUGGGGCUUAGUCUCGACGUGUCACGUCGUGACUGGCCCUUGCAUGUCAUGAGGGCUGUUCUGGAAGAGCUGAUGGAAGCAACUCCCCCGAAUCUCCUCGCUAAGGAGCUCUGGUCAUCAUGUACCACACCGGAUGAGUGGUGGAGAGUUACACAGUCGUAUGCAAGAUCCACUGCAGUUAUGUCCAUGGUUGGCUACAUCAUUGGUCUUGGAGACAGACAUCUGGAUAAUGUUCUUAUAGAUAUGACUACAGGAGAAGUUGUCCACAUAGAUUAUAAUGUUUGCUUUGAAAAAGGGAAGAGCCUUAGGGUCCCAGAGAAGGUCCCGUUCCGGAUGACACACAACAUUGAAACAGCACUGGGAGUGACAGGAGUGGAGGGGGUGUUCAGGCUUUCUUGUGAACAGGUCCUUCAUAUUAUGCGGCGUGGGAGAGAGACUUUGCUUACGCUGCUGGAAGCUUUUGUUUAUGAUCCACUGGUGGACUGGACAGCUGGAGGAGAGGCAGGAUUUGCUGGGGCUGUCUAUGGUGGUGGUGGCCAGCAGGCUGAAAACAAACAGAGCAAAAGGGAAAUGGAAAGGGAUAUUACACGGAGUCUCUUUUCCUCGAGGGUGGCUGAGAUAAAGGUUAACUGGUUUAAGAACAGAGAUGAAAUGCUUGCUGUGCUGCCAAAGCUGGACAGUAGUUUAGAAGAGUACCUGAACCUGCAGGAGCAGUUAACAGAUGUAGAAAAAUUGCAAGGAAAACUACUGGAAGAGAUAGAAUUUCUGGAAGGUGCGGAAGGAGUGGAUCAUCCCUCCCGCACACUUCAGGCCAGGUACUCUGAGCACACACAGUUGCAAUCUCAACAAAGAGCUGUCCAGGAAGCCAUCCAGGUGAAGCUGAAUGAGUUUGAGCAGUGGAUAACCCAUUACCAAACUGCCUUCAGUAAUUUAGAGGCAACACAACUUGCAAGUCUGCUCCAAGAAAUUAGCACACAAAUGGACCUAGGUCCUCCAAGUUAUGUCCCAGCAACAGCAUUUCUGCAAAAUGCAGGCCAGGCACAUCUAAUCAGCCAGUGUGAACAGCUGGAAGGAGAAGUUGGUAAUUUUCUGCAGCAGAGAAGAUCUGUGUUACGUGGUUGCCUGGAACAAUUGCACAACUAUGCAACAGUAGCUCUGCAGUAUCCAAAAGCUGUGUUCCAGAAGCACCGAAUAGAGCAGUGGAAAACCUGGAUGGAAGAGCUCAUUUGCAACAUGACAAUAGAGCGUUGUCAGGAUAUCUUUAGGAAGUACGAGAUGCAGUACGCGCCCCAGCCCCCGCCCAGCGUGUGCCAGUUCGUCACGGCCACGGAGAUGACGCUGCAGCGCUACGCGGCCGACAUCAACAGCCGGCUGAUCCGGCAGGUGGAGCGGCUCAAGCAGGAGGCCGUCACCGUGCCCGUGUGCGAGGAGCAGCUCAAGGAGAUCGAGCGCUGCAUCAAAGUGUUCCUGCACGAGAACGGCGAGGAGGGCUCGCUCAGCUUGGCCAGCGUCAUCAUCUCCGCCCUGUGUGCCCUGACCAGGCGAAACCUGAUGAUGGAAGGUGCAGCGUCCAGUGCUGGAGAGCAGCUGGUUGAUUUGACUUCAAGAGAUGGAGCCUGGUUCCUGGAGGAGCUUUGCAGCAUGAGUGGGAAUGUCACGUGCCUUGUGCAGCUGUUGAAGCAGUGCCAUCUUGUACCCCAGGACUUAGAUAUUCCAAACCCCAUGGAAGCAUCAGAAGCUGUUCACUUAGCCAAUGGAGUAUAUAUCUCACUUCAGGAAUUGAACUCAAACUUCCGGCAGAUCAUUUUCCCUGAAGCACUUAGGUGCUUAAUGAAGGGAGAGUAUACUUUAGAAAGUAUGCUCCAUGAACUGGAUAAUCUUAUAGAGCAAACAACUGAUGGAGUCCCUUUGCAAACGUUGGUUGAAUCUCUUCAAGCCUACUUAAGAAAUGCUGCUAUGGGUAUAGAGGAGGAGACACACACUCAUUACAUUGAUGUUGCAAGAGUACUUCAUGCUCAGUAUGGUGAACUGAUUCAGCCAAGAAAUGGUUCAGUUGAUGAAACUCCUAAAAUGUCAGCUGGUCAGAUGCUUUUGGUAGCUUUUGAUGGAAUGUUUGCUCAAGUAGAAACUGCAUUUGGUUUAUUGAUUGAAAAGCUAAACAAGAUGGAGAUACCUCUUGCUUGGCGUAAGAUUGACAUAAUUCGGGAAGCCCGCAGCACCCAGGUUAACUUCUUUGAUGAUGACAAUAAUCGGCAAGUCCUGGAGGAAAUCUUCUUUCUGAAGAGACUGCAAACAAUUAAAGAAUUUUUCAGGCUCUGUGGUACCUUUUCUAAGACACUGUCAGGAAUCAGUUCAGUUGAAGAUCAGAAUGCAGUAAAUGGACCUGUUCAAAUUGUCAAUGUGAAGGCCCUUUACAGGAACUCUUGUUUUAGUGAAGAUCAAAUGGCCAAGCCAAUUAAGGCUUUUACAGCAGACUUUGUGAGGCAGCUUUUAAUUGGCCUUCCAAAUCAAGCUUUGGGACUGACCUUGUGCAGUUUCAUCAGCGCUCUGGGUGUCGAUAUCAUAGCUCAGGUAGAGGCUAAAGACUUUGGAGCAGAAAGCAAAGUUUCUGUGGAUGACCUGUGCAAGAAAGCUGUGGAGCACAACAUCCAGAUUGGCAAGUUCUCCCAGCUGGUGAUGAACAGGGCCACAGUCCUGGCCAGCUCCUACGACACGGCCUGGAAGAAGCACGACCUGGUGCGCAGGCUGGAAACCAGCAUUUCCUCGUGCAAGACCAGCCUGCAGAGAGUGCAGCUGCACAUUGCCAUGUUCCAGUGGCAGCAUGAAGAUCUCCUCAUCAGUCGCCCCCAGGCUAUUUCUGUCACUCCUCCUCCUCGCUCUGCAAUUUUAACCAACAUGAAAAAGAAACUUCACGCGCUCAGUCAGAUUGAAGCUUCCAUUGCAACGGUCCAGGAGAAACUAGCAGCACUUGAAGCAAGUAUUGAGCAGCGUUUAAAAUGGGCAGGAGGUGCUAAUCCUGCACUGGCCCCAGUCUUGCAAGAUUUUGAUGCCACUAUUGCUGAAAGAAGAAACCUUGUACUGAAAGAAAGUCAAAGAGCAAGCCAGGUCACUUUCCUUUGCAGUAAUAUCAUCCAUUUUGAGAGUUUACGUACCAGAACAGCAGAAGCCCUGAACCUCGAUACCGCGCUGUUUGAGCUCCUCAAGCGCUGUCAGCAGAUGUGCUCCUUUGCUUCGCAGUUCAACAGCUCCGUGUCUGACCUGGAGCUCCGCCUGCUGCAGAGGGUGGGUACUGGUCUCGAACAUCCUAUUGGCAGCUCUGAAUGGCUUCACUCAGCUCACAAGCAGUUGAGCCAGGAGAUAUCUACACAGAGAACAGUACAAACAGAAAGAGAACAGCAAAUAGAAACAGUUUGUGAAACAAUUCAGAAUCUGGUGGAUAGUAUUAAAACUGUGCUCACGGGUCAUAACAGACAGCUUGGAGAUGUCAAGCAUCUACUGAAAGCUAUGGCAAAGGAUGAAGAAGCGGCUUUGGCAGAUGGUGAAGAUGUUCCCUAUGAGAACAGUGUUAGGCAGUUCCUGGGUGAAUAUAAAUCAUGGCAAGAUAAUAUUCAGACAGUUCUGUUUACAUUAGUUCAGGUUAUGGGUCAAGUCCGCAGUCAGGAACAUGUUGAAAUGCUGCAGGAGAUAACUCCCACCUUGAAAGAACUUAAAACACAGAGCCAAAGUGUCUACAAUAAUCUGGUGGGGUUUGCAUCACCCUUAGUCACGGAUACAGCAAAUGAAUGCUCCAGCCCAACUUCAGCUGCUACAUAUCAGCCAACCUUUGCUGCAGCUGUACGUAGCAAUACAGGGCAGAAAACUCAGCCAGAGGUGAUGUCACAGAAUGCAAGAAAGCUAAUUCAGAAAAAUCUUGCAACAUCAGCAGAUACUCCUCCAAACACAGUCCCAGGAACUGGCAAAAGUGUUGCUUGUAGUCCCAAAAAGACAGCCAGGGACCCUAAAACAGGAAAAGCUGUGCAGGAGAGGAAUUCCUACGCAGUUAGCGUGUGGAAGCGGGUCAAAGCCAAGUUAGAGGGCCGAGAUGUGGAUCCCAACAGGAGAAUGUCUGUGGCUGAACAGGUUGACUUUGUGAUUAAGGAAGCAACUAAUCUAGAUAACUUGGCUCAGCUGUAUGAAGGUUGGACUGCCUGGGUAUGAGUAGGGAGACAGCAGCUCGGUCUGGUUCAGCGAGGUCAGACAUCCACCAGAAUCAACUCGGCCUCAGGCAUCCGUAGCCGCACCACAGUCGGUGGUGAUGCAUACUGGGGCUUAAUCUGAGGAAACCUAGGAAAUCUCGGUGCACUGGGAAGUGAAUCCUGCAGGAUAGCUGCACUCAGGGAUACGCUAAACACAAUGGUCUGCAACCCCCACGGUCAAGGGUGAAAGCUCACCGCUUGAGCAACACGGUUUGUCUUUCUGCUACGGAAGAACUGCAAACGUGUCUGGGGGUCAGCUGCAGAAAGAAAUCAGGAUGCUACAAACGGCAGAGUGAUUUGGAACUCAAUUCCACCUGACCCUGUGAACAAUUCAGGAAACACCGAACCCUGUUCAAAGAAAAACAGAAAAAUGGGGCCAUGAAGAAAUCACAGCAAGGGCAGAUUUGAUGCAUUCAGAUCCUUGUUCCUCUUGUUCUGUGGCAGCAGUGCUGGUUGAGUUGACCAGUUAGUACGGGAAAAGGCUACAAAAUGUAAACUUCAGAAAUGGACUGAAAGCAAAGAGCUGUACAUCAGAUACACGCUGCAUUGGAAGAACUUCUGAGAUAGAAGAAAAAGCCUUUGUUCUCUUCUCCCUUUCCUCUUUCCUUUCACUCCUCCCUCCCAGCCUCUCCUUGCAUACACCCCUCUUGGCUUAUUCUUGUAGGUUAGGCGUACUUCCAAUAUACUUUUUAUUUCAAUCCUUCUACUUCACAGUUUAGUCAAAUUAACAACUUAAAUUCUGUUUGGUAAACAAUUUCUCCAAAAGCACUGAAAAUAUAGAACAUCAACGAUUACUUAUGAGUUGGAUGGUCAAAUGCAAAAUGUAAUUUUGGUUAUUUUAAAGUCAUUUUUGUGAUUCUAUUAUGUACAGUUUCUCAAAAUUGUCACUGUGCAUUUAAAAGUAAUGAUUCCUACAGGCAUUUGAUUUAAUGUGCACUUCCCUCUGCUUGCAGUGUACACUUUUUUGUAAUUCAAAUUGUCCCUCCAAUCUCAUUCUACUGUGAUUGCUGUAGUUUCUUUCGUACGACGUAGCUAAUCCAAUGUAAUCUUUACCUUUUUAAAAACCAGGAUAGAGUAUCUAGUAGAGUUUUACAUUGUUGAUGACAGAUAACAAUAAAGUGAUGUUCUGGUGGAGGUAGAGUGAUAUGCUUUUUACUUCAUUUUCCUAAUCCUUUUAGUUCACACUUGUAAAUUCUAGUGCUUCACUUCGCAGGGGUAUACAUAUAAUCCAAGAAAUGAAGGACUCUCAAAUUUUUGUUCAACUAGAUCUGUAAAGAUUUCUGCAAAGUAGUUUUCCUUUGCCAUAUUUCUUCUAUAGAUGGCUGUUCAGUAAUGUAUCCAUAGGGAAUCUUCCACCAAGGUUUUUUUUUUUUUUAAUCAGUUCUCAAAGUGUGAUUAUGGUCAGAAAAGUCUCACUAAAAAUGGCAUCUUCCUUGGAUCAAGGUCCUGCUUGUCUGCUGGUUGUCUGAAAGACUUCUUGUUUUAUUAUUUAAGCAGGACACCUUUAGGAAAAGGCAACUUCCUUUUCUUAGAGAAACAAAUCCCACAGAAUUCAGCUACAACUGCAGAACUGUAAAGGUGCUGAUAGCUAAUGCACCCUGGCAUUCUGAACCCAGAUAAAUUCAUUGUAGCUCUGUAUAGAGAGUUUCUCUUUUGUAAACUUGGUGAAUUCAUUAUGGACAGUUGCUGAAAAAUGUGGGAAGGUCCUUAAUGCCAUUUUAGUCACUUUUCAGAGUAAAACCACACUUUCAAUACAGCAUUUUUUCAGUCAAAAUCCAAGUAUUAAAAUAUUUGAGCCAAGCCCACUACUGGUGUAAAAUUAAUUUAAUUGAAAGGGUUUGCAGCAGUUCAUCUGAGUAGGAAGCUUGGCUGGUGAUUUUUGGAUAAUGCCAGCAAACUUCUGUUCCUUUCAGUAUUUGCACUAUGCUGACUGCUCUGCCUCCGCAGUAGGUCUUAGAAUUCACUUUCUCCUCUGUUGCCAACUUUUUGUGGACAUGCACUUUGAAGUGUAACAGUUUUCAACAGUCAUAUGGCCUUCCUUGCACUCUGAUUGCCUGAUUACCUCUAGGGAAGUCACAGGCUUUGCAUCUAACAGUACCCGUGCAAACGCAUUCCACUGCCUCUGCUUCCUGACCCUCUGCCGGCACGUCCAGGAAAAGCUGUUGGAAUGUUGCAGUGAAGAACAUUCACAUGCAGAACAGGACACUUGACACUGUUGGUCCUUUUCAUUUUUUCUCCGGUUAAAAAUAACCUUAUGAACAAUCUGUUGGAGAAGUGUAGUGACAGGAGUGUGUUGUACCUGCUGUUUUGUUUCUUGGAAGCUGGGGGGAAGGGAGGGGUAAUGCACUCACCUGUGGCUCAUGUAUUAUACCUCUGCCAUCCAGAAAUGAAACACUUGUGUGGAGAUGGGUUCUUACUGCGUAAUUUAAUAAAGUUUUAAAAAAUAAAAAAA